AUGGAAAAUGAGAUAUAUAUUUAUAGGAACUUCCUACAUUCUUUUAGCAUUGAUAAACUCCCCUACCAAGAAAUUGCGCCCGAGAUCAAAGAAACCGAACUAUGUCAUCGAUUUAUUGAUCCCUUUUUAUCCGCAUUAUUUGACGAACCUGAUAAUGGUGUCUUGUUCAGGUGCACUACAAAUCAAGAGGCUAAAGAAACACCAUCAAAAGCCUCCAUUUCAAAUCAGCGGCCGGAUUCUUGUGUAACAGAGAUGAAUGGCCUUCAUUUUGGUCACUCAUUGGGAUAUGUUGAAGUGAAACCAGCUUCAGAAGCUGGAAACCAAUAUGGCAUAUCAAAAGAUUUGAUUCGAUUGUGCUUAUUAACAAAAAACUUUUUGGAUGCGUUUGGAUUGAAAGCUUCUUUAAGCAUUCAACUAGUGAAUCAUAAGGCGAAUAUUCUGUUAAACAAACUUGAAGCUGAUGGUUUUUAUGUAUGUACCGAAUUUGCCGCUACUAUCCCAAAUUCCAUUGAACAUCUUGGUGCUUUUCCAAGCUAUUUCGAUGAUCUUAUAGCCAUAUUGCAUUGUUUUAGAAAGUGGUGCGUGCCCAUGAAACCAAACGAAAAUACUAUGAUGUAUACGAAACGUCGUCCAUCUUUGCCGGACGAACAAUUUAAUAUGAUAUCUCCUUCAAGAUCCAACAAACGAAGAGCGGUUACCAUGCCAUAG